AGUGAUGCGUUAGGUUGGGUUGAACUGGGACAAUAAAGAUCGCGUGAUGAAGACGCGCUUCCGUUGUAGGUGAGAGUCUGUUACUUAGUGUCCGAAAAAGCCAAUGCAAGCGGAAUCAGUCACAAGGGAAUGAAUGACGACACAGUCAAGAAGACAGGCAAUUUUCUAUAUUCAAAACCCUUGUUCUGUUUCUCAACAAGAUUCUUUACCACAUUGUUGCCCUCUUCGAUUCUCCCAGGUUUUAAUUAUUGCAUUAGUCUCCACCGGUAAUAUCAGUGUCCAAAAUUAACCUCAGUUCCCGUCCUCGGUUUUCGUGUUACUCAAACCUUCAUGCUUGUUGCAGAGAAAACCAUUGGCUGAUAAUAAAUGGCACCGAAUCCAAAAGUUAUAGCGGCUUACCGUGCAAUGUCGAGCCUGGGGAUUCAUGAAUCCAAAGUGAAACCAGUAUUGAAGAAACUGCUUAAAUUGUAUGAUAAAAACUGGGAACUUAUUGAAGAAGAGAAUUAUAGGGCUCUUGCUGAUGCAAUUUUUGAUGAUGAUGAAAAUAAGGAGCUGGAGCUGGAGCUGGAGCAGGAACCAAUAAACAAGAAGGACAGGGAGGUAGAUAAUGAAGCUGCUGUGCACGAAGAGCCAGUGCGACCUUUGAAGAGGCUGCGUUUAAGAGGUCAAGAGGGUCAAUCUUCACGCCUUCUGACUGGCCUUGGCCCCAGUUCAACUGCCUCUCCAUUGAUAACGCCUAGAUCAGAAUCUGGCACAGGACCCGGAAGUAGUUCUAGACUGCAGGAUAACAUUGUUGAUAAGGGAAAGAAACCUGUAUCACCUCAAGUUACUCUAAGAGGGAGAAGUUCUGUAUCUGAGAGAACUCCACCUAGAGUGUUGUUUACAGAAUCGGCAGUUGAACCAGGAGCUUCUCAGUUGUCAAAUAGCAAAACACCUCAUCCUUACCCUUUUAUCACUCCCAAGGAUGAACCUAUUGAUGAAAUACCAGAUUAUGAGGUUCCGAUUUCAAUGAUUCUUCCUGAAACAACUGGAAAGCAUAAUGGCAACAACACCGUGGCAUUACAAUGCAGAAACAAAAAUGUUGACGGUGAAGAUAUUCUUCCUUCCUCUAAUGAAGAAGCGACUUCUAAUGCAGAGCUAGCCUCAUCAUCUAUGGGAGAGGAAGCAUCUGUAAAGAUAACACCAACUGUUGGCCUUUCAGAGGAAUCUGAGGAAAAUGGUACGCUGAUUGCCCGAGGAAAUAAAGAUUCUGCAAUUCUUCCCCAUGUUGCUAAUGGAUCAACCACUGUUAAGUCUACUCUUGCCUUGGUUUCACCUCAAGUUCCCGUACCCUGCCCAAGUGGUUUGGAUGAUGCUGUACUAGUUUCCAAGAAGGAUGGUGUUUUAUUGGAAAGUGAUGGUGGGAAGGAGUUGGGGGAUCAUAUACCUCAAAAUUCAUUCAAUGUAAUGAAUGCUAGGAAGCACCAGCUAACAACUGAUGAUGCAAGGGCUGUUUGCACUUCCAAUGACCUAACAAAGGGAGAAGAAAAAGUGAAAAUUUCAUGGGUGAAUAAUUCUGCCAAUGAUAUCCCACCUUUGUUUCACUACAUACCCCGAAACUUGGUGUUCCGAGAUGCAUAUGUCAAUAUUUCUCUAUCUCGUAUUGGGAGUGAAGAUUGUUGUUCUACUUGUAUUGGAAAUUGUGUCUUAUCAUCUAAACCAUGUUUUUGUGCAAACAAAACUGGAGGGGACUUUGCCUACACUGCACAAGGUGUACUAAAGGAAGAGUUCUUGGAACAGUGUAUUUCCAUCAACCGAGACCCUCAAAAUUAUUCUUAUUGCAAAGAAUGUCCCCUUGAAAUAUCAAAGAGUGAUGGUUGUUUGGAACCAUGUAAAGGACACUUGAAAAGGAAAUUUAUUAAAGAAUGCUGGAGCAAAUGUGGCUGUGGGAGACAUUGUGGCAAUCGGAUUGUCCAGCGUGGAAUAACUUGCAAUUUGCAGGUGUUUUUAACUUCAGACGGAAAAGGGUGGGGUCUUCGUACCUUAGAGGAUCUUCCAAAAGGUGCUUUUGUAUGCGAGUUUGUCGGAGAAAUUUUAACUGUCAAAGAGUUGCAUGAGAGGAACUUGAAAUAUCCCAAAAAUGGGAAAUAUACGUACCCGAUUUUAUUGGAUGCAGAAUGGGACUCAGGAGUUGUAAAGGAUAACCAAGCUCUUUGCUUAUAUGCAGCAUCAUAUGGAAAUGCCGCUAGGUUUAUUAAUCACAGAUGUUUAGAUGCAAACUUGAUCGAGAUCCCAGUUGAAGUUGAGGGUCCAUCUCAUCACUAUUAUCAUUUUGCCUUCUUCACGUCCAGAAAAAUAGCAGCACAGGAAGAGUUGACCUGGGAUUAUGGCAUCAACUUUGAUGACGAUGAUGAGCCAGUUGAACUAUUUCAGUGCAAAUGUGGCAGUAAAUUCUGCAGGAAUAUGAAGCGAUCAAAUAGAACCAUUAGAUAGUCAAUUGCUGGCUGAUAGAUAGGCAUUCUCUGCUAUAGAUAAAUUUUGCUGUCAGAGAUCUAUGCUAUUGAUUAGUAGUGUCAUUAACAAGACUCAACCUCUUUUUAUCGUUUUGUUAGUUCUACAGCCAUCCGAAGGCUAUGGGCAAUACUUUUUAUCCCCCUUGUGUUGCUAUUAAAAGACCUCACAUGUUCUAGAAGGCACAAAAUUAGUGUUGUUCUGAAUGUGUUCAUCCAAACUCAUAUUAGGGUUGAGGAAAGUUUUUUUGAAAACUAUUAGGCAUUCAUGGCCCAAAACGGAAAAUAACCUGGGUACUACUAGCAAGUCUGAAUCUAUGAUGCAUAUUCAUGGCCCAAAACGGAAAAUAACUUGGGUACUACUAGCAAGUCUGAAUCUAUGAUGUUUUACUGCAUCAUACAUGUUAGAAUUUGCUGUGCUGAAUGCAUGAGAGUUGAGACUAAUGGUCAAGAUGAUUUUUCUGUUUUUUUUUUU